GUGUCGUUGAACAAAAGCCAACCUACACAUUAUUUCCAGAAGCCUGCUAGAUGCCGGUGAAAACUACAGACCGUUUUCUCUUGCUGUACGGUUCGCAGACUGGUCAGGCUCAGGCGAUAUCGGAGGAAAUAGCGGAGAAAGCUGAGCAGGAGGGACUACAUGCCGAGGUCCACUGUCUGAGUUUGACUGAGAAGAAGUUUAACAUCGAGAGAGAGAAAUGUGUUGUGUUUGUCACAUCAACAACUGGGGAUGGAGACCCUCCUGACACUGCGGCAAAGUUUGUCCGUCGCCUGAAGAAGAAGACGCUGUCCGACAGUUACCUGUCUCACUUGAACUACGCUCUUCUGGGUCUAGGUGAUUCUAAUUAUACCAACUUCUGCAACUGUGCCAAAUCUCUGGAGAAGCGUUUGACAGAACUUGGUGCCAAACCGUUCUACACAAGUGGUUUUGCGGAUGAUGGGGUGGGAUUGGAGGUAGUUGUGGAACCAUGGAUGGAUGGACUUUUCCCAGCAAUAAAAUCGUUCCUUGGCAAAUGUGAAACAAACAACACCAUUGAGGAUUUUAACAAUUCCGGCAGCAGUGUAGUUUUAUCAUACGUCUCUGUAGACAGCUCGUCUAUCAGACUUUCACCAAAUUGUGAUGUUGUUAUGGAAACGCACGAGGCAGAUUCAUCAUUGACUACUACCGUCGUAACAACUAGUUCAAUUGAUAGUUGUAUGAGUGAUCAAGUUGUAACAACCAGUUCGGUUGAUAAUCAUCUGAGUGAUAAAGUUGUAACAACCAGUUCGGUUGAUAAUCAUCUGAGUGAUAAAGUUGUAACAACCAGUUCGGGUGAUACAGUCGUAACAACCAGUUCGGUUGAUAGUCGUAUGAGUGAUAAAGUCGUAACAACCAUUUCGGUUGAUAAUCGUGUGAAUGAUAAUGUUCUCGACUCCAGUUCAACAAGAACAUCGGUGGAAAAUGAUUCUUUUGUGACGAUAGACGUUUCUAGUUCUGGAGCGGGGUUAUCUGAAAGCAAGAGAGAGACGACUAAUACAGAUGCGUCGUUGCCUGGCAAUGAGACAGACUUGCAAGCCCGAAGCUUAACACAUUCCUUGCCUCCUUUGUGUGAGAGUUCUCUAACUCUACCGUUCCUACCGCCAAAGUUCUUGUCCCUGGUCUUCCAGCCUGAAGAAUCAUUGGAUUUAAAUGUGACUCUUCAGAAUGGCUGCCCAUUCCCUUCAGCUGCCAGCAAUGUUACCAUAGCAACUGUGACAUCAGCAAAACGUCUGACCACACAGGAUGCAGUGAAGAAAACCUUGCUGUUGACACUGAAUCUGAAGGAAUCCAAUAUGAAAUGUGAAGCAGGUGAUGCUAUUUCUGUGAUUUGCCCGAACCCACUUUCAGAAGUUGAACGGCUGCUAGACAGGCUGGGAUUGAAAGAGAAAGCUCAGGUACCUGUUCUCUUUGAUGUUUUACCGAACACGAAGAAACGGAAUGCAGCAGUACCUCCGUAUUUCCCACAGCGAACAACUCUACAACAUUUACUGCAAACCUGUGUAGAUAUCAGAGACCCACCCAAAAAGGCAUUACUGCGAUGUCUGGUUGAUUUCAUAUCGGAUGGCAUUGAAAAGCGCCGUUUGCAGGAGCUCUGUAGCAGACAGGGAGCAGAGGAUUAUGGGACAUAUAUCCGACAAGCAGGAUUAUCUCUCCUUGAUAUUCUCAGUGCCUUUCCGUCGUGUAUGCCGCCGAUUGACUCUGUUCUAGAACAUCUACCAAGAUUACAGCCUAGACCUUAUUCCAUUUGCUGUCAUCCUGCCAGGUCUGGCCUGAUACAGAUCUGUUUCAAUGUGGUUACUAUGGAGGAGGUGGAUGGGCGGAGCUAUCCCCGGUCAGGCUUGUGUACUGGAUGGCUCGACAGUUUGACAGGUGCCAUUCAGGGUGAUGGACCAGCAGAAGCAAGCAAUGAAAUUGAGCAACAGUUGCAGUCUUUAAGUCUGGCCCCUCCCAUCGAGGUGCCAGUUUUUACAAGGACCAAUCAGCAAUUCCAUCCACCGGAGGAUGCCAGUGUACCCAUGAUUCUGAUUGGUCCAGGGACUGGAGUGGCUCCUUUCAUUGGCUUCCUUCAACAGAGACUGAGCCAGAUGGAGAAGGGAGACAACUGCGGUGCAGUCUGGCUAUUUUAUGGAUGUAGGCAUAGAAAGAAAGAUUUCCUCUUCAGGAAAGAAUUGGAAGAUUUUCAGAGUUCUGGAGUUCUCACCAAGUUGAGUAUCAGUGUUUCGAGAGAGGAAGGUGUGACAGAGUGUACGAAGUACGUCCAGGAGAGUAUAGUGGACAACGGUCAGUCUCUUGUGACCCUGAUGGACGAAGGCGCUGUGGUAUACGUGUGUGGUGACGCUAAGAACAUGGCAAAAGACGUAAACGCCGCUUUCUGUACCAUCGUUCAGGAAAACAAGAGUCUGAGUGAAUCUGAUGCUUCAGGUUUUGUGAUGAAAAUGAGACUGCACAAGAAGUAUUUGGAGGAUGUGUGGACAUGAAAAUAUUGACUCUUCACUGUCAGUAACUUUCAAUUAGACCAGGACCCAAAAUAGGUUUCCUUGCUUUGAAUGCAACAUAGAUCUAAGGAUAUUACUCUCGUACUUUUUGUGACUUACUUGAUAUUUUAAAACUUUAAAUUAUUUUAUAUGUUUGAAGAAAUCACCAGAUAUUCCCAUACCUGCCUAUUUUUACAAACAAAAAUUGUAACAUAUACAUGAAUUUUUUUUGGUAAUGGACUAUAUUGAGUUUUGAGCCCAAGAAAGACUUCUGUUUGUUCCCCCCCCCCCCCCAA